AUGAAGAGGCCAACUGUUUUCCAAUAUUGUUGUUACUCUCUUUAUCUUUCUAUCUCUCUUUACUUUUUCAUAUUAUAUAAUGAUUGCCUUCUCUUUUUCUCUUUACGUAUUUUCUUUUAUAAUCUUUCUUCUUUCUUUCUCUCUUUCUGUGUCUCCUUUGAAUUGUCUUUGUCUGUCUCUUUUAGAAUCUUUCUUUCUCUCUUUGUGUGUCGACCUUAUAAUCUUUGUUCUUUCUUUCUCUAUUUGACUCCUCUAUCAUCCUUGUUCUUUCCUUAUCUAUUUCUGUGUCUCCUUUGUUCUCUCUUUUUCUCUCUGUUUUGUUUCUAUUACUUUAAAAUCUUUAUUUUUAUUUCACCCUUUCUCUUUUCUUAUUUCGACUUUGUAAUAGCGUUCUUUCUUUCUUUCUUCCUUUCUUUCCUUCUUUGUCCCUUUUCCUUCUUUCUAACUUAUAAUACCUGUUUCCCCCCCUCUCUCUUUCUUUUCUACUUUAUAAUCUUUAUUAUUUCUUCCUCACUUCUUUUUCUAUUCCAUGAUAUUUAUUCUUUCUUUCUCGCUCCUUCCUUCUAUUCUUCUCUUAUUAUGGCAAAACAAUAA